GGCGCCAGGACGGCUGGGGAUUAGGUCGCUGGCCGGGCCACCUGCGGCCCAGGGAUGGAUCCCGGUGGCAAGAGUGGGACGGGGAGCCCUGGGAACCCCUGGCCCAACUAGGGCAGAGGGCACCGAGCCAGGGCCAGACUCGGGCAUUGUGGAGUCCGCGAGCCGGGCUGCCGAGAGGCCGCGGGCGAGGGCGCAUGGGGGUCCCCGGGCCCGCUUCCCCUGUGCGCCCACCCCUCUGCCUUCCCAGGAACGGGGAUUCUCAGUCCAGGAUGCCAUCUCCCCAGUCCUGGGCAUGUUUUCUCUGCGCUUUUCUGGCAGGACCGAGUAUUGUAGCUUGCAGGGGCCAGACGCCCUCCCGGCCUGCUCCCCCACCUGGGCCCUCGGGAGCUCUUGACCCGCCCCCUUGCGCUGGGCCCCGGGAGGGGCGGGGCCGGCUUUCCUUUGGGAAUCUUCGAACCUAACCUACCCCGCCGCGCACGCCCCUGGCACCCUAGGUGACACGCAGAGCUGAAACCAUGGUUCAUCAGGUGCUCUACCGGGCGCUGGUCUCCACCAGGUGGCUGGCGGAGUCGGUCCGGACUGGCAAGCUGGGGCCCGGCCUGCGGGUGCUGGACGCAUCCUGGUACUCACCGGGCACCCGUGACGCCCGCAAGGAGUACCUAGAGCGCCAUGUGCCCGGCGCCUCUUUCUUUGACAUAGAGGAGUGCCGGGACACGGCGUCGCCCUACGAGAUGAUGCUGCCCAGCGAGGCGAGCUUCGCCGACUACGUGGGCCGCCUGGGCAUAAGCAACCACACGCACGUGGUGGUGUAUGACGGUGACAACUUGGGCAGCUUCUAUGCUCCUCGGGUCUGGUGGAUGUUCCGUGUGUUUGGCCACCGUACAGUGUCAGUGCUCAAUGGUGGCUUCCGGAACUGGCUGAAGGAGGGCCACCCGGUGACAUCUGAGCCCUCACACCCAGAGCCGGCCAUCUUCAAAGCCACACUGGACCGCUCCCUGCUCAAGACCUAUGAGCAGGUGCUGGAGAACCUCGAAUCUAAGAGGUUCCGGCUGGUGGAUUCACGGUCCCAAGGGCGGUACCUGGGCACCGAGCCGGAGCCGGAUGCAGUAGGGCUGGGCUCGGGCCACAUCCGCGGCUCCGUCAACAUGCCGUUCAUGGACUUCCUGACUGAGGACGGCUUCGAGAAGAGCCCUGAGGAGCUCCGUGCUCUGUUCCAAGACAAGAAGGUGGAUCUCUCGCAGCCCCUCAUCGCCACGUGCCGCAAGGGGGUCACUGCCUGCCACAUUGCCCUGGCGGCCUACCUCUGCGGCAAGCCCGACGUGGCCGUGUACGACGGCUCCUGGUCCGAGUGGUUCCGCCGCGCCCCCCCGGAGACCCGCGUGUCCCAGGGGAAGGCCGGGAAGGCCUGAGCGCGACCCUCUCCCCUGCUCACCGCAACUGGCCAGUUUAGUGGCCCCGGCGCGACCUGCCGCUGGGCCGUACCUGUUAGAUGAAGGAGAUUGACAUGUUUGUAGAAUUGCUGUGCGAAGUCCACCCUCUCCCCGUGCACACUGGAAUAAACCUUGCCUUAUCUGAG